AUGCCGGCAGGCACUCAGGGUGGUAAAAAGAAGCCUCUCAAAGCUCCUAAAAAGGUGGAGGUUCUAACUGAAGAGGAUCUCGAGUUUAAAAAGAAAAACGCCGAGUUAAAAAGGUAA